CAACCAACGCUUAUAUUCCAAACGACCAUCAAGGAAUAACAAUAAUACAUCAACAUAAACCAUACCCACCUCUUUCUCCGAGGCUCUUCAAAUUCAAUAUAUGAUUCUUCUGCUAGGAAAAAGAAGCGGUUGAAUGGUAUAGAGCAGAAAUCAAGCAGAAGAUUCCAUGGAAUUAAUUUGGCAGAGAAACAGGAGAAGAAACAGCUGAAUUAAAUGAGUGACACGGCAAGUCUUCAUGCACAAACAAGGACACCCAUUAUUUCUUCUUUUCAUGCCAUGGCUUACCCACAUUUCGGAGAUACAUCACUCACGAAAUUGUUUGUUGGAGGACUAGCCUGGGAGACUCCCACCGAAGAAAUGCGCAGAUAUUUCGAGCAGUUCGGGGACAUUCUUGAGGCUGUCAUAAUCACUGAUAAGAACACAGGAAAAUCCAAAGGCUACGGAUUUGUAACAUUCUGCGAUCAGGAAUCAGCAAGAAGGGCUUGUGCUGAUCCAAACCCAAUAAUAGAUGGAAGAAGAGCAAAUUGUAAUAUUGCUUCUCUGGGAAGGACUCGACCAUCACCCCCUCGAGGAAGGAAUAUAAUUCAAGCUGGAGGAGGAACAGCACAGGGUGGUGUUCCGGCAGCAGGGCCACCGUCAUUGCCACCGCCAACUGCUCUCGUGUACCCACCAUAUGGCUACACAACCUACACUCCUGAUUAUGGGUACCAUCAAGCCACAUUGUACAACCCACAGAUUCAGCAACCACAAUACUAUCAACAACUCUAUGGACCAUCAUCUUCCACCAUGGGCUCUCAAUAUUACUAUGGUUAUUCUGUGCAAACACCAAGAAGCACAUUUUCUUCACCCCAAGCAAAUCGCCCAUCAGCUGGACCGUCCUAUCUAUACUAUCCUACACCCAUGGAAGUCUCCUUCUCUGGAUAUCGUUCACCCCAACAACCAGCAAUAAGGCAACCCUUUCCUUCCCCUAAGGAUUCACAGAAUCAGCAGCGUACCUCCUCUGAGACAGCAGCUGGAGUAGAUGUAACUUCAGAAACUUCAAAUACCCAAGGGAGGAACUAA